CGAAUGUUCAUGCUUCUCAAGUGUAAAAACCCAUUUUCAUUAAGUUCAUAUUAUAAUCAUAUACUUCAUUUGCCUACACAACAUCAGUGCAUUUUAUCUUAAACAGUAUUAACGUUUUGAUGGAUGUGUAUGUGCUGCCAAAAUAUGAAACUCCUCCUUUUCACCAUUUUUGCGUUAUGGGCAGAACAGGCAAAGGCUUAUAAACAAUACAUGGCGGUGUGUCCGGCCAGUGUGCGACCCGGACUGGAGUUUACGGUUGACUUCACGAAACUGUCUGAAAUCAAAGGCGACCUUGAGGUGACCGCCGCCAUCAGUAGGGAAGAUAAAAAGGGAGACGUCGUUAGUGACACUGUGCAACUGAGUCGACUCGAGUACCGCGCGAAGCUCGUGUUAUCUCUGCCUGUCUCUCUCCCCGAUGGCGAGUAUACAAUGACGCUGACGGGCAAUUCCGGCGACCUCGAGCUAUUCCGGAACUCAUCUAGUCUUCAGUACAUGGAGAAAGGAUUUUCAAUCUUCAUACAGACGGACAAGGCCAUCUACAAGCCCGGGCAGCUAGUGCAGUUCCGGGCGUUCAGCACCCUUCCCAGUUUGGAUACACUUGAUCAGAAUAUGAACAUCUUCAUUUACGAUCCGCAUGAGAACCGUAUCGGUCAGUGGUUGAACGUGAGUGGCGACCAGGGUGUGUAUCAGGGCAGUCUCCAGCUCGCUGACCGUCUGCCACUGGGAGACUGGACAAUACAGGUGGACAUUGCGUACCGCAGUGAGAAGAAAACGUUUACAGUAGCAGAAUAUGUGCUACCGAAGUUCGAGGUUACAGUGACGGUACCGAGCUAUGGGCUUACAUCAGACACAUAUCUCACUGGCAGUGUUCAGGCAAAGUACACGUUUGGUAAAGGUGUGGAGGGUAACGGGACCCUGACCGUGAGUAAACAGAUGCCCUACUGGUUCUACUUACGUCCUCCUGGCGACAAGCAGAUAUUCCUUCACAAAUUCAAGAUCAACGGCGACUACCAGUUCCAGAUCCCCAUGGAGCAGUUGUCGGAGGCCCUGGGAGGGGUGCAGAAUGGCGAAACCUACACUCUCUUUGCAGAAGUAGAGGAAGGACUCACUGAAAACAUCCGGAAUGGGUCUGCAGAUAUCCGCCUCUUUAAAAGGGACGAAAAAAUGGUGUUUUUAGAAGGGGCAUCUAACUUCAAACCGGGACUGCCGUAUUCUGCAUACGCGUUUGUAUCGGACCAAGACGACAAGCCAUUGUCAACAAAGAGCGCCCAGGUGAACGUUACGAUCACCAUGUAUUACACCACUAAGAUACCCACACUAGCGCCGCCCACUCCAGGACUUGGCGUUCCCGAAUUGGAACCUCAACUCCCAAAACGGUUCCCACCGGUCCCGCAGCCGACGGCUGCGCCGUCCCAGACCCACGUGAUCGGGCCAGAAAUGGUCAAUGUGCCGAGGAAUGGGAUUGUGCCAAUCAGCUUCACUUCGCCGGGAUACAUCAGCAGAGUCGAGAUACAGGCUGUGUACAAAAAGAUAGUUCAGACGAAAUACCUUGACCAGUUCCACUCGAGCAGUGGGACCUAUAUCCAGGCCAGCCUCAGAACAAGCAAACCAAAGGCAGGUAAAAGAUGCACGUUUAGAGUUGAGGCAACAGAGAAAAGAAUUGUGGUCAAUUUCAUGAUUGUAUCGAAGAACAUUGUGGUAACUUCCGGUAAGUUUAACAUGCGAACGACACGUAAGCGGCUGCGCGUAAUGAUGACGUCAGAAAUGGCCCCGUUAUCGCGGCUUAUCGUUUAUUACGUCAAACAUGAUGCAGAGGUCAUUGCGGAUUCGGUAAUGUUUGACGUAGAUGGGCUAUUAAAAAACCAGGUUGACAUUGAUUAUAUGGUACGUGGUCGGCGGAUAAAGCGCGGAAAGCCCGGAAAUGACGUCACAAUCACUGUGAAAGCUGAUGCUGGUUCUCUUUGCAACGUGCUCACUGUAGAUAAAAGCGUUCUUUUACUGAAAUCGGGAAAUGACAUCACUUUUAAUCAGCUUGAGGAAGAAGUGGAAUCAUACGACACAGUUCGUCCGUCGCCUUGUUUGGGGUUCAUAUGCUUACGCCACUUUUACCCAGUGCCAACCACCGGAAGUGACGUCACGCAAAUAUUUCAGAAUUCUGGAUUAAUGGUCAUAACAGAUGCCUUCCUUUAUUCAUGGAGACAGCUAUAUUACUACAGAGGUGGGAUGCCUGAGCCGAUGAUGAUGAUGAUGAAAAACGAGGCUGAAGUUUUAGAUGAUGACCAAGCGGACAGUCCGUCCAACCCGCGGGUAAGGACCAAGUUCCCAGAAACAUGGAUCUUCGAGUCUGCCGUAGCUAAUUCCCGUGGCGAGGCGAAAAUGGAGGCUACGAUCCCAGACACGAUCACUUCCUGGGUCGCCAGUGCAUUCGCCGUUCACCGGAAGUCAGGCCUUGGCAUCGUCCCCAAAACGGCCACGCUGGAGGCGUUCCUGCGUUUCUUUGUACGUCUGGACCUGCCUUAUUCUGUGGUCAGAGGAGAGCAGGUCAUUCUGCAGGCGGACGUCUUCAACUACUUCAGUACUGCAAUAGAGGUAAAAGUAACGCUUAAAAAAUCUAACGGUUUCUCGAAUAUAAUGGUCGAACGUGAUAACGAGGGCGUUUCAGGACUGGAGUUUGUCCAGAAAGACAUUGUUCACAAAAUAACGGUUGCCCCUGGGGGCGGGGUUGCCGUCCGCUUUCCAAUCAAAGCGACUUCUGUUGGAACAUUUGACGUCGAAAUUCGCGCCGUCUCCUCCAGAGCAGGGGACGGCGUCCGUAAACCGCUUCUAGUCGUGCCUGAAGGUGUGUCGAGGAGCUACGCCAGAUCAAUGCUGAUUCAACUACGGAACGCCUCUACCUUUGAAGAGGAAGUUGACAUUAUCGUGCCAGAAGAUGCUGUUGCAGACUCCGUCCACAUUGCAGUCUCACUCAUUGGUGACAUGAUGGGGCCGACGAUUAACGGCGUAGCGGAUCUGCUGCAGAUGCCUUACGGGUGUGGCGAGCAGAACAUGAUCACGCUGGUGCCCAACAUCGUGGUGGUCAAGUACCUUGAGGCUAUAGAGGCCCUCACACCCGCUCUUCUCAACAAAGCUAAGGGGUAUAUGAUGGUCGGAUACCAGCAAGAGUUAACCUACAAGCAUGAUGACAACUCGUUCAGUGCGUUUGGAAACAGUGACCCAUCGGGCAGCACAUGGCUCACUGCAUUCGUCAUCAAGUCGUUCGCCCAAGCUAGUGCUUAUAUUUACGUGGAUCCUGGGGUGAUAACAAGGGCCAUAGACUGGGUUCUAGAUCAAUAUGAGGAAGGAAAGGCGACCUUUAAUGAACCCGGAAAGGUUAUUCAUACCGCUAUGAUGGGCCGUUCAUCUACUAGUCAGAGGAAUUUAAAUGCGUACGUGUUGACGUGUUUACUCGAAGCGAAGGAGAAUGGGUUUUCUGGUUCAAAUAAGACAUUUUUCAACGACGUGAUAGACAGUGCAUUAGAUAAACUUUGGAAGUAUGUUGACGAUAUGAAAGACUCGUACGAACUAGCUAUUUCUGGAUACGCAUUUCUUCUUGACAAAAGGAAAACGCAACUGGAAAAAAUAUGGGUCAAGUUGCAGAACAAGAGAAUCGAAGAAGGCGGUAUGGUGCACUGGUCAAGCGGAGCAGCGUCCCCAGUUCCGGCGGACCCGCUCCCUCACCGUGCCGGCACGAGCGAUAUCGAGACAACAGCGUACGUCCUCUUCCUGUACACGGGGAAAGGAAAAGUCGCAGAUGGCCUGAUGGUCGUCAAGUGGCUCACCAAACAGAGAAACCCAUUCGGCGGAUUCGGGUCAACUCAGGACACGGUUGUAGCGCUGCAGGCGUUGUCCGGAAUGGCAGCGAUGCUUCACGCCCCCGACCUAAAUAUGACGGUGGCAGUUACGGUCCGUCCUUCUCGAUAUGGCGAAGUGUUUAAAAUCAAUAAAGAAAAUGCCCUUGUUAUGCAGACCAUGAAGGCACCCUCGGAUUCGAAUCGUAUCAGUUUUGACGCCCGUGGCGAUGGGAUAGCAUUGGCACAGAUUUCAGUAUCGUACAACGUUAUGAUGGUGAAAACAGAACCCAAGUUUGAGCUCAGUCUGAAAUUCACGGAUGAAACGAUGAAUGGCUUCAAACUCGCACUCUGUUUCAGGUGGCUGGGAACGGGAAGUAGCGGGAUGGCGCUCCUGGAGUUGGGACUGUUGUCUGGGUUCGAGCCCGGGGCUUUCUCCAUCACUGACCUUACCAUUUUUAAGCGCGUCGAAACUAUCAAGAACAAACAAAACUAUUAUUUUGACGAGGUACCGUCUGAUGAAGAAUCAUGUUUCAAAGUUGAGAUGCAGCGGGUCGGGCUGGUGGCCGGUUCACAACCUGGAGUUGUCUCCCUCUCCGACUAUUACGAACCAUCAAACGCCGUGACAGUGAUGUACCAGCCGGCUUUGUUGGGGAAUGCGACAGUGUGUGAUCUUGACAGGGAAUUUGGUUGUUAAAUCCAAAUGUGGAACAGUUGUGUAUUUUAACGUGGAAUAGUUUUAAUGGAUACUGUAAUUAAAUUAAGGACAUAAGACAAAAUAGAAACAAUAGUACAUGCGCACAUUUUGUUUUGGUAAAUUAUUUUUAAUUUAACGAUCACUUGUCGAUUUGCAUUUCGUUGAUAUGUUGGAAGUUUUGAAAUGCA